AUGUGCCCUUGGCUUGCCUAGAUCUCGGUCCUCUUCUUCCAUCUUCCCAUCCCUGCGUAUUUAGCAAGUUUUCAAGAUGGCUCAGAUGGGGAUUUCCAUCUUUUCCAUCUCCCUGCUUCCCCUUGUCUACCUAAAUUUAAAGUAGUAUAAUAGGAGUUAGGCCUCUUGAAACUCCUACACUUUCUGAACCACUGGGUCCUGAUUGCUCCUGUGCCUGGAGGUCUUCUGGACCUCACUGGAAACUUUACUGGGAAGCAGAAAUGGCAGUGACAUCAUCUGUGGAUUUUAAAACCUAUGUGGACCAAGCAUGUAGAGCUGCUGAAGAAUUUGCCAAUAUCUACUAUGACACCAUUGAUAAAAGAAGAAGAGUGCUUACUAGACUAUACUUAGACAGCGCCACUUUGAUUUGGAAUGGAAAUGCUGUUUCUGGACAAGAUGCCUUGAAUGAAUUUUUUGAGAUGUUGCCUUCCAGCGAGUUCCACAUCAAUGUGUUAGAUUGCCAACCUGUUCAUGAGCAAGCUACUCAGAGCCAAACAACCAUCCUCGUGGUGGCCUGUGGGACUGUGAAGUUCGAUGGAAAUAAACAGCGCUAUUUCCAUCAGAACUUCCUGUUGACAGCACAGGUUACACCCAACAACACGGUAUGGAAGAUUGCAAGCGAUUGCUUCCGCUUCCAGGAUUGAUCUACUUAG